AUGGCUCUUAGCAACGCCCCUGCUUUGACCCUCCUCAUAUGUGAGGAAAAUCAAAUCAAUACACUGUUCUUCAAAUCAGGAUGCAGCAGCAGCAGCAGGGUAUCACAGCAGUCUUCAUCUCUUCUUAAAUUUCUCAGUGCUUUUCCAUUCGAUGAGAUGGCUAACAGAGGACCGAGCUAUGGUUUAAGCCGAGAAGUGCAGGAAAAGAUUGAACAGAAAUAUGACGUGGAAUUAGAGAACAAGCUAGUGGACUGGAUUAUUAUACAGAGUGGUGAAAAGAUAGAGCAUCCACCUCCUGGAAGGCAAAAUUUUCAGAAAUGGCUAAUGGAUGGAACACUGUUGUGCAAGUUAAUAAACAGUUUACAUCCAAAGGGAAAAGAACCCAUUCCAAAGAUCUCUGAAUCAAAAAUGGCUUUCAAGCAGAUGGAACAAAUUUCUCAAUUCUUAAAAGCUGCUGAAAUCUAUGGAGUAAGAACAACAGAUAUUUUCCAGACAGUGGAUUUAUGGGAAGGGAAGGACAUGGCUGCCGUGCAGAGAACUCUAAUGUCUUUAGGCAGCUUGGCUGUCACCAAGGACGAUGGAUGUUACAGAGGGGAUCCCUCCUGGUUUCACAGGAAAGCACAGCAGAAUCGGCGAGGGUUUUCAGAAGAGCAGCUUCGUCGGGGACAGAAUGUCAUAGGCCUUCAGAUGGGUAGCAACAAAGGUGCAUCGCAGUCCGGCAUGACAGGCUAUGGGAUGCCAAGGCAGAUUAUGUAA